AUGAAGAAAUGCGAAAACAAGAGAGGAAGUGGCGGCAAACUAAGAUUUUUCUUCAUAAAACCUGUUCCGUCGUCGACGUUUGUCGAGUUCCGCCUCAGGCAAGAAAACACACGCCGCCAGUUCUCGAGGCAAAAGAAAUUCACCUACUGGGAAAAACGAGGCGUACAAACCCCUGGGAAACUGAAUCUCUUAUUCGGCUCUUUGUGGGGAGCGUGGUCAAAGGUACACUAUUCUUACAUACAAAGGAAGUUUCCUGAGAAGUUUUGCCCUGACUUGCGGGUCUAUAGGACAGCUGCUGGGUCAGGGUUGCGCGGGUUCCGGGAAUUUCCGGCAGCCCUGGAGACAAAUUUCAUGGGUCCAUUGGAUCCCAGACAGAGGAAUUGA